AUAAGGGGCGAGACGACAAAAAGUGUGAGAUGUGGGAAGCUAGUAUGUGGCGGUAGAAUUUGACAUUAUAACCAUUAAUAAUUUUCUGUUAUUAUAAAUGUGGCGAUUUAGUGUCUUCUGAACUUGGACCGAGCUGCUCUGCGGGACUUCCGGAGACAAAGGGCUGUGUGAGAGGCUUUUUUUGCCAGCAGUUUUCGCGCGGAGCGGGGACUCCCUGGUAACCGUUAGGUUUUUUUCCCCUACCGCAGCCACAAUGCCGCGAGACAACAAAUCUGCCCUGAUACAAAAAAUAGCGAAACAGGCCUUUAUCACGUUUAAAGACUGCAGGUCUGCGAGCAGCGUGGACGGGAACGUGCUUACGGACAAGCUCAAUGAACUCAUCUCUUUAGUGACCUCCGUCCGGGCCAAGGACCUGAAAAUGAUGGCACCCAAAAACAGACCGAGCUCAGGCGCAGCUGAACCUCAGAGCCCCCCAGUCUCCUACAUGCAUAUCUGCGAGACGGAGGUGUUCAGCAUGGGGGUGUUCCUGCUGAAGACCGGGACCUCCAUCCCGCUGCACGACCACCCAGGAAUGAACGGGAUGAUCAAGGUUCUCUACGGAAAGAUCAGUGUCAGGUGUUUCGACAAGCUUGAGAACAGCCUUACCGUCCCUCCUGACUUCGACCCUCAGCUGGCUCCGCUGCAGACGGCUGGUGUGUGGCGUUCCGUGCUCCGCUCUGUUGCAGAGUACUCAGAGAACAGUGGGCCGUGCCUCCUCACGCCCGUGCGGGAUAACCUCCACCAGAUUGAUGCGGUCGACGGGCCGGCUGCUUUCCUAGACAUCCUCGCGCCGCCGUACAAUCCAGAUGAUGGCCGGGACUGUCACUAUUACAAAGUCCUGCACAGUGUGACAGAGCCUGGGACCGGCGCAAAGGUUGACCAGGAGCAGCUGGGAGAGAAGGAGAAUGAGGGAUGGCUUCUUGAAAUCCCUCAACCAGAGGACUUCUGGUGCGGUGGGGAACCUUACCCAGGCCCUGUGGUCGACAUCUGAGUCCCCCUCCUCUUAGAAGAACAAUUGUUAACAGAGAUGUUCCUGCCUGUCCUUCCGCAGGGGAUGAGGACUUUGUGCUCCCUUCACAGGGACGCAGGACACCGGAGUGCUCAUCAGCUGGCAGAACAGAGGACCAGAUGCUAGAUUCCUGAACACCACAGCAGGGAGGAGGUUUAGAAGGCGGCCAGGAACUGAUAUCUAUAUUAUGCUAUUUCUCUCUGAAUUGUAUAUUGCCUUGUACACGAAUGUCAUUUGCCAAACGAUUUAUAAAUGUGUUAGCGUCGGGAAUUUGGCAGUUCUUUCAUGAAAUCCCUGCUGCAGACGACCUGCACAUUGUGAUGUCUUAAUGCCAAAGCUUAUAUCUUUGCCUGUAUAUCAAUGAUGUCAUUUCUAUUCAUUCCUUCUUCCUAAGUGCCCUCACUACUUUAGAGAAACCCUGUUUCCUUUUGAAGCCUUUAAACUUGUUUAUGUAUCAAAGUUUAUUAAUAGUUCUGUGAUGAAACCUAAAGCUGCUGUUCUGUGAUGCCGUCUGCUGUCGCUUCACUGUGACAGAGCCCAGAGGGACACUACGAGAUCUGACAAAAGUGAGUACACCCCUCACGUUUCUCUACAUAUUGUAUUCUGGUUUCACGGGACUGAAGAUAUGAUGCUGAUAUGACAUGAAGCAGUCCGUGUACAGCUUGUGUAACAGUGGACGUUUGCUGUCCCCUCAAAAUAACACAGUUGUUAAUGCCUAAAUUACUGGCAGCAAAAGUGAGUACACCCCUUAGUGAAAAUGUCCAAAUUGGGCCCAAAUUGUGAAUAUUUCUAAGCUGUACACUGACUACGUUUUAUCGACCUCAUAUCUAUGGUUUUGAAAAGAAAAAAUUCUAAUAUUUACAGAAAUGUGAGGGUUGUACUCACUUUUGUGAGAUACUGUAUAUACUAUAUCAUGUAAGCCUACUGAAACUAGUUAAUGGAGAAACGUGUCAGAAAUGACAACUUGAUGGUAUAAAACACACUAGUUUGACUCUUACGCUUUAAAGGCUCUUCCAUGUCUAUCAUGCUACUGUAUCUGACCUGACCUUAUGCUGUGCCUUCCUCCAAGUCUACACAGGACUGUAUGUGUGCAUUAAUUAUUGUUUUCACGUUGAGUGUAUGUGGAAUAAUAAAUUUGAAGAGGAUCCUCAUGAAUAAUUCUCAGCCUUCA